AUGACCACUCGUGCAUAUACAAGAGUCGUGCUGCGGUUGAGGGCGCAAGCUGAGAGCGAUGCGCGGGCGUUUGCGAGGUCGCAUAUUACUAGUCCUGUAUCGUCGAGGCCUGCUACGCGUGACGGGCAAGUGGUGCGGUCUUUCUCGAGUCGUACGCCAUCUCCGACAUCGUUGUAUUCCCAUGGCAAGUCGUCCUCGGUCUCUGCUUCGACUAGGGGGGCGUUCCGAUCUCCCUUGGUCCGACUCCACCGUGCGCCGCUCUUGCGGGUGUUCGUUCCUUCACCUGAAGGGGAGUGGUUAUCUGAUUCGAGUGUGGUGGAGUGUGAAGCUGAGCUGAAGAGGGCUGGUGUGUUGAAGUUGUUGAGGGUUGGUGAUGUGGUGUGGGAUGUUGCUGUGGGUGAUGAGGGGAAUUCGGGGAGAAUGGUUUGGGAUGGGAGUUAUCUCGUGGACCUUGAUUACAAGUACUCGCCGAUGGGCGAGCUGUCUCCUUAUUUCCACAGUCUCGCGUUCUCUCCGUCGUAUUUCCAUCGCGUCAUUCGGACGGGUGUUAAUGCUGCUUUGAACCCGACGGGUAAUCCUAUUGUUUAUUUGGAUGUUAGUCCUUGGGGCCAGGAGCUUGCUGCGAACUUGCAGUUGUUGCAGGAUAGAGCUACGACAGCGACCCCUCACGGAACGCUUCACAGCGUCGUCCACUGGCUACACCGUUCCUCAUUCACGAUCCGACCCCCCGUCUCGCCGCACCACCCACACGCCUAUUCACAUAGCCAAAAUUUACGCCUCCCGAUCCCAAAUGUUGCCGGCUUUUUCAUUGAUCCUGGCUGGUACGGGACUGUGAUCGUCGAAGCCGAAGGCACGAACGAGGGUCUUUCAGAUUUCCAAGCGCGAUGCGGACCUGGUGCGUUCCCUCCCCGCGCGGAUAAUGUUACGUCGAAAAUGAGGAAUGAGAAGGAGAAGGGGAGUAGACGCGUUUAUAGGGUCUUGAGGGAGAAGAGUCGUCCUGGUGAGAUCUGGAUUCGGGCAGUUCGGGAGAAAGAACGAGUGAUGUGA